AUGAUGUCUGCUACAGAAAAGCAAAACCAAACCAACAUUUCCGAGUUCAUCCUCCUGGGAUUUGGUGAUUUACCCAACCUCCAGAUUCCUCUCUUCCUGCUCUUUCUCAUGAUCUACAUGGUGACAAUGAUGGGGAACAUCCUCAUCCUCGUGUUGGUGGGGGCUAAUCAGCAUCUCCACACCCCAAUGUACUUCUUCCUCAGCAACUUGUCUUGCUUGGAGCUGUGCUACAGUUCCACCAUCCUGCCCAAGCUCCUGGCUGCCUUCCUGACGGGUGACAGAAGGAUUUCCUACAGCAGCUGCAUGACACAGUUUUUUGUAUUUGCUUUCCUAGCUUCAGUAGAGUGCUGUCUCCUGGCAGUGAUGUCCUAUGAUCGGUACUUGGCAGUAUGCAAACCUUUACAUUACACCAGCCUAAUGAAUCAGCAGCUUUGCACAGCACUGGCUGCAGGAGCCUGGGGAAGUGGGUUCAUGAUCAGCUUUGUAAUUACACUGUUGAUGUCACAAAUGGUGUACUGCGAUCGCAGUGAGAUCGACCAUUUCUUCUGUGAUUUCAACCCUGUGAUAAAAUGCUCCUGCAGUGACACAUUUCUGGUGGAAGCUGUAACCUCUGUGAUGGCUGCUGUAUGUACAGUGCUGCCCUUUCUUUUCAUUGUAGCCUCCUAUAUUUUAAUCAUCAGCAGCAUCCUGAGAAUCUCUUCAGCUACAGGAAGGCAAAAAGCAUUUUCCACAUGCUCCUCUCACCUCAUUGUUGUCACUAUUUUCUAUACAACCAUCAUCCUUGUCUAUAUGUUGCCCAGAACCUACAGCCUCACAGCUUUUAACAAGCUGCUCUCUGUCUUCUACACUGUAGUGACACCCAUGAUGAAUCCACUUAUCUACACCUUAAGAAACAAAGACAUCAGAGGAGCCCUGUGGAAAAAUGUCCAUGCAUUUAUGGAUUUCUAUAAAUGA